GGCCUGGGAGUCAGACUGGACCCGACCGUCUCUAUUAACUCUUUUGACCACCAACUCAAGCUUGCCCACCUUCUAAAUGACCAUACCUGACAUGGACUCAGUCGCUCAUCCUCAGGAGAGGCGGUUCAACCCUUACACAGAAAAUGGUGGUACAAUCCUCGCUAUUGCCGGUGCAGAUUUCAGUGUUAUUGCUGGCGACACACGACAGAGCGAAGGAUAUUCAAUUCAAACGCGAUAUGCACCAAAGGUAUUUCGAUUAACCGAUCGCGCAGUGCUGGCUGUGAACGGGUUCGCAGCAGAUGGCAAUAUGUUUGUGAAGAAAGUGAAGCAACGUCUGGAGUGGUACCGUCACGCCCAUGCGAAAGAUAUGCCCCUACGGGCAAUAGCAAGAUUAAUUCAAACGAUGCUUUAUGGGCGUCGCUUCUUUCCCUACUAUGUAUAUAACAUUUUGGGUGGCGUCGAGGAGGAUGGCACUGGCGCCGUGUAUUCGUUUGACCCCGUGGGCUCGUAUGAACGAGAGGCCUGCCGUGCUGCAGGUGCUGCUCAGUCAUUAGUCCAGCCGUUCCUGGACAACCAGAUUUACUUCAAGAAUCAACAAGCUGCACCGGGGACCUCGCAUCCGUCGCAUCUACCACUAGAGACCGUCUUGUCGAUAGUAAUCGACUCAUUCACGAGCGCGACUGAGCGCCACAUUGAAGUCGGUGACGGCCUUGAAAUCUUCAUCGCACUCGCCAAAGGACGUACUCUACAGGGCAUGGAAAGCAUCCGGGGUCUGCAAGAGUUAACCGUGACGGAAGAUGGCGAACGCUUGUUUGUUAUGAGGAGGGAUUUGAAGAAAGAUUAAAUCGCUUGUAUUCUAUAUAACCCUCCCUCGCUGAUUGCAUUUUGUUGUUGUCUUGACAUCGACAGUGAAUACAUUCUUUGAGUAUGUACGGAAUGCAAACGGAAACACCGAGUUGCUGUACUGAUCACAAAACCUAUGCAGCUGAUUCCGCAAUUAGUACGUGUAAGAAUUUUGCGUGACGACAUGCCACGACCGUCUGAUGGUCUGAUCUGCCCGGUUGGGCACUGCGAGCAAUUAGGUGGGACGUCAAGCAGUGACUGCAGCAUGGUGGCAAUCAUCGUCGGAAAAUUGGCGCCCAAUGACAUGGGUGAACUUGUGGUGAACUAAUGUUACCAAACACAGUCUCAGAGAAACCCGCGUUUACGUGAGUUAUUCACAUGGAUGAUGGAACCCUCUCCCAGUGUCGGCGAUAAAAUUAUUAAGAUGUGAAACAAAGACU